AUGAAGUCGAGACUGAGACCGAUGAAAUGGUUUGGGCGUCUGGCUCUUAUCGCCACGGCAUUCUCCCCUGUAGCUAUUAUAGCCGAUGAUGCGGCCGGAAAAGCUCUGUUGAGGAGGAAGCGAAUCACAACGGAGAUCAAACCAUCAGAAAUGGCAACACAAUCACACGCACAGCCCGAUAAUGUAGCAGACUUGUGGGAGCAAGAAGCAGCUCAAGCGGAGAUGGACGCUGAGCGCAUUCUUCAAGGAUAUUUUUCCAUGAGCAUUACAGACGCUCCAGGGCCUCCAACUCCUCCCGGUCCUCCAACAAAUCCCGGUGCUCCAGUUGCGCCAACCCCUGCACCCACAGAUGGCCCUCCCAUGUUUUGCUUGGAAGGAACCACAAGAGAAGACUAUUUAUUGGAUUUGUUGUCUCCAAUUACGGAUAGAACGCUGCUUCGAGACCCAACCACGCCGCAAGGAAUGUCUUUCAACUGGUUGGUAAACAUGGAUCCACUCUUACAACCCGAUCCAUGCAACUACCCCACAACAGAGCAGAGGUAUGGUCUUGCAACUUUGUUCUAUUCAACAACUGGAAUGAGCUGGACAAACAGUUCUGGCUGGCUUGGAAGCGAGAGCGAGUGUACUUGGGCUGGUGUCGUUUGUGGAGACUCGACACCCGCGUCGCGAAAGCUACAAGCAUCCCCAGGCAGGGUGUAUAAAUUGAAUCUUCCUUUCAACAAUCUUGCCGGCACCAUUCCUGAAGAGAUUGUUACCCUGUACGAACUCGAAAACUUGAACAUCUUUGCCAACUCGAUCAACUCGACGCUUCCGGAUAGUCUAGGAACUUUGACAAGGCUGAUUUUCCUCGACGCCGAGAGAAACUUGCUCAGCGGUCAGCUGAUUCCCAACAGUUUGCUUCAGCUGGGAAACCUUCAGGCUCUUCGCUUGUCACGAAACUCGUUUACUGGGAGUAUUCCGCCACAAAUUGGCCAGAUCCCAGAGCAGUUUUACCAGCUGACAAAUUUGGAAGAUCUUCGGCUUGAUGGCAACUACUUGUCGGGCUCCCUGUCACCGGCUAUUGGACAACUGACACGCCUGAAUGACCUUCGAUUGAACGAGAACUUGCUCACCGGCACCUUGCCAAAUGAACUAUCUCUACUUACCGACUUGAAGAACUUGAUUCUCUUUGACAACUACUUGAACGAAAGUCUUCCAGACGUGUUCGGUGGCUACGUCCAGAUGGAGCAGCUGGAUCUCUCACUGAACUUUUUGACCGGGAACAUUCCAGAGUCUAUCUUUGCCAUCCCAUCCGUCAAGUUUGUAUAUCUAUCCAACAACUCGUUCAUUGGUCCCAUACCCUCAAAUUUCCAAGACCCUCCAUUGCUGCGUGACUUGUAUUUGGAUGGGAAUUAUCUGACCGGAACAAUCCCACCAGUGGAACCAGGACGUCUUCAAGAGCUCAAUGAGAUUCUUUUCAACUACAAUCUCUUUUCUGGGGCCAUGCCACAAAGCUUUUGCGACCUUCGAUUGGACGCAGUACUCGAUGACUUGUUUGCAGAUUGCGGUGGGGAAACUCCCAAACUUCAAUGCUCUUACCCAGACUGCUGCAAUCGUUGUUUCACGGGAGAUCGCCCCCCUCGACGACGAGCUAGGCAGAUACGGUCAUAA